GAACAGCUCACCCUACUUUUGUUUGAUGUUGGCAGUGGUAAUUUACUCUGUUAAUGUUGAACGUGCUGAUUGCGGAAACAGUAGUGUGGUAAUUUACUCUGCUAAUGUUGAACGUGCUGAUUGCGGAAACAGUAGUGUGGUAAUUUACUCUGCUAAUGUUGAACGUGCUGAUUGCGGAAACAGUAGUGUGGUAAUUUACUCUGUUAAUGUUGAACGUGCUGAUUGCGGAAACAGUAGUGUGGUAAUUUACUCUGCUAAUGUUGAACGUGCUGAUUGCGGAAACAGUAGUGUGGUAAUUUACUCUGUUAAUGUUGAACGUGCUGAUUGCGGAAACAGUAGUGCAGUGGUAAUUUACUCUGCUAAUGUUGAACGUGCUGAUUGCGGAAACAGUAGUGUGGUAAUUUACUCUGCUAAUGUUGAACGUGCUGAUUGCGGAAACAGUAGUGUGGUAAUUUACUCUGCUAAUGUUGAACGUGCUGAUUGCGGAAACAGUAGUGCAGUGGUAAUUUACUCUGCUAAUGUUGAACGUGCUGAUUGCGGAAACAGUAGUGUGGUAAUUUACUCUGCUAAUGUUGAACGUGCUGAUUGCGGAAACAGUAGUGCAGUGGUAAUUUACUCUGCUAAUGUUGAACGUGCUGAUUGCGGAAACAGUAGUGUGGUAAUUUACUCUGCUAAUGUUGAACGUGCUGAUUGCGGAAACAGUAGUGUGGUAAUUUACUCUGCUAAUGUUGAACGUGCUGAUUGCGGAAACAGUAGUGCAGUGGUAAUUUACUCUGCUAAUGUUGAACGUGCUGAUUGCGGAAACAGUAGUGGUAAUUCACCCUACUUUUGUUUGAUGUUAGCAGUGGUAAUUUACUCUACUAAUGUUAAACGUGCUGAUUGCGGAAACAUUAGUGGUAAUUCACCCUACUUUUAUUUGAUGUUGGCAGUGGUAAUUUACUCUGCUAAUGCUGGUUAUGUUGGCUAUGGAAAUAGUAGUGGUAAAAUAUUACCUCUGGCGUACAUAUUUAAACAGGUCCUCUUCAAGUUUAGAAACUAUAAUUGAUUGAUAGCUAUUGAUGUACACGUAAAUUAUAUAUUAAAUUCUUCCUUAUUUCCUUUUACAAUUCACACCAAAACUGCAUUAAGAGUGCUUCCCCUCAUCAAUAAUAAUAAUGACAUUCAGAU